AUGUUUUUUUUUCUCAAUAUAUAUUUAGAGAAGUUUAAGAGAGAUAAGGAACUAUUAGAAUGCUUUAAAGAAGUUUCUUCAUAAAUAAAAAGCCUUAACUUAUUUUUUGAAGGAUUAAAUGUUAAGAUAAAUUUAAAUAAAGAAAGUUUUGUAAAAAUUACCAUUUAUGAUGAUAAUUAGUUAGAUUAAGCCUAAAAACCACAUAAUUAAAAUGAUUUUAUGAUAAAUUUAUAUUGUGAAGCUAAAGAUUUAUACAAAAAGAAAAAAAAAAUAGAAGCUUAUGAAAAAUUUUCAGAAGUUUUACGAAUAAAUCCUAGUUUUGUUGAAGCUAGAAUUUACAGAGGUACUUUAAUUAAAUCAAAUAACAAGGAAAUUUAAGUUUGGAUGUAAAUAACCUUUCUUAUGCUUAAUUUGAUUUUGAGGAAGUGUUAAAGUAGGAUAAAUAAAAUUUAAAAGCUCUUAAAGGAAUAAGUAAAUUAUUUUAUUCAGAAAAGCCAUAGCAUUAAAGAUGUAAUGUAAUUAUGAACUAGGUUUGAAAUAUGCUUUAAAAAUUCUAAAGCAUGAACCCAAUUCAUCAUAAGGUAAUUUUAAUGCAGGUAUUUGAUAUUAAAUAAUUAGCUGACUGUUUAAAGUUUUUAGGAUAAUAUAAUGAUAAUAUUCUCAACUAUAUUAAUUAAGCAAUAGAUUAAGAAAAAAGAAGGUCAGACCAAAAGUUACAAGUUUAUUAUAGAAAUAAAGGUAAAUUUGAGUUGUAAAUUAGGAGAAAUAUUAUUUGGAUUAGGUAGAGAGGUUGAAGCAAGAGAAUUUGUUUAAAAAGCUCUCUUAAUAAAUUAAAAUUAUGAAUUGGCUCUAAAAACAUAAAGUAAUUUGAAUUAAUUAAAUUCUUUAGAAAGAUUUGAUGAGUUUACCUAAAACAGAGUCCCAACUUGA